GCACGCGCGCGAGUGGAUCACACCGGCCGCCGCGCUGUACGUCUGCAUGCAGCUCGUGGAGCGCUUCUACAGCCACCCGCACCUCGUGCUGGACGCCGACUGGUACAUCCUGCCCGUGCUCAACCCGGACGGCUACGAGUACGCGCACGCCCGCGACCGCCUGUGGCGCAAGUCGCGGUCCUCGCACGAGGUGGCCGCGGGCCUCCGCGACGGCGGCGGCCCUGGCGGCCUGGGCCUGGCGCGCCUCGCCUCGCUCUUCCACAAGCACAAGCGCGGCCCGUGCUCCGGCGUCGACCUCAACCGCAACUGGGAGCACAACUGGGGGGACCGCGUGGGUGCCUCGGACGACCCCUGCAGCGAGAGCUACGCCGGGCCGCGACCCUUCUCCGAGCCCGAGACCAGGGCCGUCGCCGCCUUCAUCUCUCGCCGGCGCGAGCGCGUCCAGCUGUUCGUGACGCUGCACUCGUACGGCCAGCUGUGGCUGAUCCCGGACGGGGCGGGCUACGGCCGCCUGCCGGACCACCAGGAGCUCUACAACAAGGCCAAGCUGGCGGCCGGCGCCAUGCGCCGCGUCCGGAACACGCGCUACCACAUCGGCACCUCGCCCCGCG